AUGGAAAAAUUUGGUUUCAAAGAAUUUAUAUGUGUAGUAUCAGUGACUUCAAGAGAAGAAUUGGAUGAAAAAUUAUCAUGGGCAUUUAAAAUAUAUGAUCUUGAUAGUGAUGGAUAUAUAACAUAUGAAGAAAUGUCAAAAGUUGUUAAGUCUGUUUAUAAAAUGGUUGAGGGUAUGGUAAGAUUACCAGAUACACCUGAAAAACGUGUAAAUAAAAUAUUUACUAUAUUGGAUAAGGUGGCCUUUUAUUAG